GCCUCCGCAGGCACAUCCACACCUCCAUCCUCUCUCUCUCUCUCUCUCUCUCUCUCACUCACUCUCCACACGUUCAUCUCAUCCUGAAUUAGCCAGAGCUCUGACUUUCUCCAAACAUCGACCCAAUGAAGGAGCCCGACGCCAUCAAACUCUUCAUCGGGCAGAUCCCGCGUAAUCUGGAGGAGAAGGACCUCAAGCCCAUCUUUGAGCAGUUCGGCAAGAUCUACGAGCUGACUGUGAUCAAGGACAAGUACACAGGCAUGCACAAAGGAUGUGCCUUUCUGACAUAUUGUGCACGAGAGUCAGCCAUUAAAGCACAAAGUGCUCUUCAUGAACAGAAAACCCUGCCAGGGAUGAAUCGGCCCAUUCAAGUGAAGCCUGCAGACAGUGAGGGGAGAGGAGAGGACAGAAAGCUGUUUGUGGGGAUGUUGGGAAAGCAGCAGUCUGAUGAGGACGUGAGGAAGAUGUUUGAGCCAUUCGGCAGCAUCGAUGAGUGUACGGUACUGAAAGGACCUGACGGCACCAGCAAAGGUUGUGCGUUUGUAAAGUUUCAGAGUCACUCAGAGGCCCAGUCUGCCAUUAACAGUCUGCAUGGGAGCCGGACUUUGCCUGGUGCCUCCUCCAGUCUGGUGGUGAAGUUUGCAGACACAGAUAAGGAGCGUGGCAUGCGGCGCAUGCAGCAAGUGGCCUCGCAGCUCAGCAUCUACAGUCCAGUGACGCUCAACUUUAAUGCAUAUAAUGCCUACACACAAGCAGUGCUUCAGCAGCAGGCGCUGGCUGCGCAGUCAUCAUAUCUGUCACCUGUGUCUACAGUCGCAGCGCUGCAGAUGCAGCAGAUGGCAGCACUCAAUGCUAACGGCAUCAUAGCAGCACCUCUCACAUCCUCUUCAGGUGAAAGCCACCUUCACCACAGAAUUACAGCAGAACUACUUGCACUUCAGGAAAGAGGUGCAAACACUCCACCCACUAUUGCAGCCACUCCCAUCUCAGCUCUGCCUCCACUGAAUGGCUAUAAUCCUGUACAGGCCACCAGCAAUGGACAGCCAAUAUCAGAAAUCUACUCCAGUGGUGUUCAUCCAUAUCAAGCUCAGAGUCCUGCGUUAGAUCCUCUCCAGCAGGCUUACGCAGGCAUGCAGUACUAUACAGCAGCCUACCCGACUGCAUACGGAUUGGUCAGCCAACCGUUUCUACAGCAACCUACCCUGGUUGCCCAGCAACAACCACAGCUACAGAGAGAAGGUCCUGAGGGGUGUAACAUAUUCAUUUACCAUUUGCCUCAGGAGUUCACUGACUCAGAAAUGCUCCAGAUGUUUCUGACGUUCGGUAACGUCAUCUCUGCAAAAGUCUUUGUUGAUCGGGCCACCAAUCAAAGCAAGUGCUUCGGCUUUGUGAGCUUUGAUAACCCAGCGAGUGCUCAGACGGCCAUCCAGGCCAUGAACGGAUUUCAGAUCGGCAUGAAGAGACUCAAAGUACAGCUGAAAAGGCCGAAAGAUGCCAACAGACCCUACUGAGAUCCAGACGGGAUGGAGAUUAUUAGGCAUCCACGCAGCAGACGGACUCCAGAUGCUGAGCUGCACAGCUGAAUUGCUAACAUGAGAUGUUCGUUAUCUUGCAUGCUCACAUGUGUGUGUAUAUGCAAAGGACAAAAAUAAGAUCUUGUACAUAAAUCGCAUUCAAACACACACACACACACACACAGAAAAUUACGGAAAGAUGUCAAUGGUAUUAACACACACAAAAAACAUGCUACUUCCUAUGGACCUUCUUAGAUCUGUAAAUGUAUAAAACAGUAUUGUUUUUCAUACAAAAUAAAUAGAUAUAAAUAAUAAAUGAGAAAACCAGCCACAGUAAAUGACCAUAAUUAGAUUUAAAUAAUUAAGCUUAAAAUAAACUAUGUGAAAAAAGAAAAUAAGAAUAGCAAAAUACAAUAGUUACAGUCAGUAGUGUUAUUAAUAUUGUAAGAAAACCAUCUUAAGAUUUCUACUUUUUCAUUAUAAAUGUGAAAUGUAAGGGGACUCAGGAAUUUCUGGGCAAGUUUUAAUAUGUUAUCUUUUUAUUUAUCUAUUUAUUCAUAUUUGGAAAACAUGGUUUGGAGUCUCUUGGUUUUCAAUGUUUUUUAGAGAACUACAUUAAAACAGUUGUAAAACUUUGUAACGUAUUGAAAUAUGAAUUAUAAUGAUGAUAUUUAUGUCUUAAAUUUUUGGAUCAAACUUUUUGUUUCUGAUUUAAAUAAAAUAAAGGUAUUAAAAGAAAGGUU